UCCGCCACCCGCCUUGGAGGAGCCGGGUACCGCCGCCGCUCGCCCGCCCGCAUCCCCUCGGCCUGGCCCGGGGGCAAGGUCAACAGCGAUCUGGAGCCGCCGUGUCACUCCCCGACAGCCAUGAACUGCAGCGAGAGUCAGCGGCUGCGGACCCUGCUGAGCCGCCUGCUGCUGGAGCUGCAUCACCGGGGCAACGCCAGUGGCUUGGGCGCCGGCCCCGGCCCGAGCAUGGGCAUGGGGGUCGUGCCCGACCCCUUCGUGGGCCGCGAGGUAACCAGCGCCAAGGGCGACGACGCCUAUCUCUACAUCCUGCUCAUCAUGGUCUUCUACGCCUGCCUGGCCGGCGGCCUCAUCUUAGCCUACACCCGCUCCCGCAAGCUCGUCGAGGCCAAGGACGAGCCGUCCCAGGCCUGCGCCCAGCACGAGUGGCUGCCGGGAGGGGCCCCGGUCACCGCCGACGCCGAGACAUUGGCCGGCUCGCCAGCCGAGGGCCGCCGCCAGCUCGCCCCCGGCGGGCUGCCCGCUCCGGCCAUGGCCCGGGGCACCGAGGGGGUCUAGAACCGCCACCCAGCUCUCUGGCUCGCCCGCUCCCUCCUCAGCUCGCUUGUCUCGCCGUGUCCUCUCCUCCCCUUCCAGGGCUUGCCUCCCCUGAGGCUCAGAAGACGUUGAGAGGCCAGGAGACCUCGCCUGGAGGGCC